CUCCUUCGAGAUUUCGUACCAUCCUUACCUCGCAGAAUGAGAUCAUGGACUUUCGAGAUAAAGAAAAUGCGGGGCAGGGGCUCGCGGUCGCUCCAGCCCUUUGCUCUACACUUUAUAACGACCCAGACCUCCCCGAUUAUCCUAAUCAGGUUCAUGAUCUGCAAGCGGAUGUUGUGCCGUUAAAGCUUCAUUAUCAUGGAGAACUUCUACAGCCAUCCGAUGGGCAUCGCGGCCUGGUUCCCUCGCGUUAUCGAGUAUAUCAGCGCGGUCAUCGUCCUCGGAAUCAGCGCCUGGGCAGUUCGAGAGACGAAGACCGUCACUGUCAUCUACACCUUGGUCAUUUCUGUCGUCAGCCUUGUCGUCACCUCCGUCGCGCUUUUAUUCAGCUGCAUGAUAAGGCGCCAAAGAUGGCACAUCUGGCCUAUUCUCGUAACCGACGGCGUGAUGUCUUACUUAUGGCUCGUCUCCUUCGUGUUUCUGGCACAGAACUUCAACGCCGUCAGCUGCCGGGUGAUCCUCUGGAACGGCCUGACGGUCUGCAGCCGGAAGUACGCUGCUGAGGCAUUCAGCUUCAUCGCAUUCUUCUGUUCCCUGGUGGCUCUGGGCCUCGACAUCGGAUACAUCUACUGGGGUAAGCCGAAGACCCCGCCUCCGAUGGAGCAGCGAAGAUACGAGGAGCAGUUGAGCCAGAAUCUGGAGACUGCCGGGCUGAGAUAGUGGCUGUCGUAGUGUAAGGGUGCUACCUGUCUCGGGAAUGUUCGGUUCUGGGUAACACGGGCCCCGCGAUCGAGUCUAUGAUGUCAGGUUGGUUCUGUGAAACGUGCUUCUAUUUUUUCCCCUUCUAAUCACUUAAUAAGGU